AUAUAUACGUUACAGAUGAAUAUAAUUCACAUUUUCAAUUCUUUUUGAACAAAAUUAUCUUCCCAUAAUUAUACUGAUGAUUUCUAUUUAUGAUAUUGAUGAUUUUUAGAAUAGUCAAUUGAAAAAGUUUCUCUGUUCUCACAAAUGAAUAAAAAUUGUCAAUAUAAUGAUAAUAAUGAGCUUUUAACAAAUAAUGUUAUAAAAAGAAGAAAGCCAAAAGUAAUCAGUGACUCAAAAUACUACCUACGUGUCAUUGUAUUUACUGUCAUACUGGUUGUACUAAUUGCAAUCAUUGAAGUACUUGUCGUAUACUUUUAUCGUCAACACGUGACACCGAUUUUUGCACUCGUAUGGGUGUUAAUUGAUGGCACCUUGGCCAUCAUAAUUGUCUUCAUUCUUCUACUGGUCGAUGCAACACAAGAUAAACCUUUCAUUGGAUUCAUUUUUCUGUGCUUAUAUGCAAUAUUUGUAGGUCUUCUUUUAGCCCUAUUUGGAAUGCACCAAACAAUAUUGUUCCUGGUGAUGUUAUGGUUAUUUAUCAUCUUCAUAUGUGUUCUCGGACUUUUUGUGGGAUAUAAAACCACGACGGAUUUGACGCUAACCAUAGAUGGUUUUAUAGGAUUCUAUGUAAUGGUUUAUUUUGCAGGAAUCAUUCUUGCUGGAAUUUAUUUUCUAAGAGGUAUACAAAGUCAAGGUUAUUUUCUUUUUGGGAUUUCAUUACUCAUAAUUCUAUGCGCACUGACAAUUAUUAUUGGACAGAUAGUUUUCAGAAAAGGUCAUGUUAACCUUCGUGAUAAAUGGCCAAUGAGUGUGUUAUUAUUAGUUACACUAAUCAGUGUUUUCUAUUCAAUGUCAUUGUCACAAUAUAGUUAUAUCGAGGUAAUUAUGGGAAAACGUAGGCCAGCAUCUGAUCCUCAAGGAGAAAACAAAUAUAAGAAUAUAUUCAAGUAA